CUUAGUGUCUAACUUCACACAGGUUCAGACACCUGAGAUGGCGAACGACAACUGCGGUAAUAAACAAAACACAUUCGGAUCAGGCUAGUAGAGAGGCUGCGUACUGUUGCGUCAAAAUAACAGCACAUUGCAGAAUCGGAAAAACCGACCAUUUAUUUCACGGUUAAACCCCCCUGAAGAUCUUCAUAACCCCCGUGUGUGAUUACAAAGGGGGCCGACGAGGUUCAAUUCCAAGCUGCUUUAGUUGAGUCUUCAGACUCAAUUUUUUUUAUGUGUCUUGAGUGAAAAUAAGGAAAACAUGACGGAGGUAAGGAAGAGAGGAGGAAAAGGAGGGGAUCCCGACAGCGUUAGUGACAAGGAGGCAGAUGGAGAGGACAGACUGGGUCUGCCUGGUGAGGCCGGAGGAGACGGCGAAUAUAAAGCAGACACCCCAUCCGUUCCUCCCUCCACAGCAGACAACACUCCACAGUUCCUCAAAGAGGCCGUGGAAGGCCUCAACCCCAGGUGGAAGAACUGCUGUAUACGAGGGGUUCUAUCCAUGGCCAUGAUAUCAGGAUUCUUCAUGAUGAUCUACCUGGGACCUAUCAUGCUCAUAGUAGUGGUGAUGACCAUCCAGAUCAAGUGUUUUCAGGAGAUCAUAGAUAUCGGCUACAGAGUCUACCAUUCCUACGAGCUGCCCUGGUUCAGGACACUCAGCUGGUACUUCCUGGUUUGUGUGAACUACUUCUUCUAUGGUGAGACAUUGGCGGAGUACUUUGGUGCGUUGGUGCAGAGAGAGGAUUCACUCCAGUUCCUGGUCCGUUACCACCGCUUCAUCUCCUUCGCUGUCUACCUGGCAGGUUUCUGCAUGUUUGUUCUGAGUUUAGUGAAGAAGCAUUACCGCCUGCAGUUUUACAUGUUUGCGUGGACCCAUGUUACCCUACUGAUAGUGGUGACUCAGUCUCACUUGGUCAUCCAGAACCUGUUUGAAGGAAUGAUCUGGUUCCUCGUCCCUGUCUCCAUAGUGAUCUGCAAUGACAUCAUGGCCUACCUGUUUGGUUUCUUCUUUGGCAGAACACCACUCAUUAAGCUGUCUCCCAAGAAGACGUGGGAGGGAUUCAUAGGAGGGUUCUUUGGAACCCUGGUCUUUGGAUUCAUACUGGCAUACCUGCUAGCUCAGUUCCAGUACUUUGUCUGUCCCGUGGAAUACAACAGUGAGACCAACCGUUUCACUGCGGAGUGUGAACCCUCGGACAUUUUCGUGAUGCACGAGUACACAUUGCCCUUCACUGUCCAGAGCAUCCUCAGAUGGAAAACGGUGACCAUCUACCCAUACCAGAUCCACAGCGUGGCUCUCUCCACCUUCGGCUCUCUCAUUGGUCCUUUUGGAGGAUUCUUCGCCAGUGGAUUCAAACGAGCGUUCAAGAUUAAAUACAGAGGUCCCAGCAGCUGUUUAUAUUAUAUGUUUAUGUUAUGUCUGUGUUCCAGGGGUCCCAACCCCAGCAAGGUGUUACAGCAGCUGUUGGUCCUGCAGCCAGAGCAGCAGCUCAGUAUCUUCAACGCCAUGAGAGACCGCCUGAGAGACAGGGGAAUACUGCCCCCUGCUGCCACGGAGGCGAUGUAGAACACACACGCAAGAGGGGGAGAGUGUGUGUGUGUGUGUGUGUGAGAGAGAGAGAGGGGAAGAGUUUGGCUGUGUGUGUGUGUCUGAGAGAGAGGAAGAGUUUGGCUGUGUGUGUGUGUCUGAGAGAGUGUCUUUGGCUGCUUGUGUGUGUGGCCUGCACCUUCUUCCAGACACUCAUCCCUCAUCUGCCCAGCGUCUGUUUUUUUUUAUUUUCUUGUUUCUAACCAGUCGUUACUGUGAACUAAAGAUGUUGCUCCCAGCAUCACGGAGUUACCAAUAACAGCAGCCACAACACGUUCAGACUGUCAUAGCUGGGACCUGCAUGAGUACCUAACUACACAAACAAACUGCAUCAACCGACUGUUAUGCUACCAAGCUAGCAGCAGCGUCAACCGACUGUUAUGCUACCAAGCUAACAGCAGCGUCAACCGACCGUUAUGCUACCAAGCUAGCAGCAGCGUCAACCGACCGUUAUGCUACCAAGCUAGCAGCAGCGUCAACCGACUGUUAUGCUACCAAGCUAGCAGCAGCGUCAACCGACCGUUAUGCUACCAAGCUAGCUAGCAGCAGCAUCAACCGACCGUUAUGCUACCAAGCUAGCAGCAGCGUCAACCGACUGUUAUGCUACCAAGCUAGCAGCAGUGUCAACCGACUGUUAUGCUACCAAGCUAGCAGCAGCGUCAACCGACCGUUAUGCUACCAAGCUAGCUAGCAGCAGCAUCAACCGACCGUUAUGCUACCAAGCUAGCAGCAGCGUCAACCGACUGUUAUGCUACCAAGCUAGCAGCAGCGUCAACCGACCGUUAUGCUACCAAGCUAGCUAGCAACAGCAUCAACCGACCGUUAUGCUACCAAGCUAGCUAGCAGCAGCGUCAACCGACCGUUAUGCUACUAAGCAAACUACCAGCAGCAGCCGCAACCGACUGUUAUACUACCAAGCUAGCUAGCAACAGCAUCAACCGACCGUUAUGCUACCAAGCUAGCUAGCAACAGCAUCAACCGACCGUUAUGCUACCAAGCUAGCGAGCAACAGCAUCAACCGACCGUUAUGCUACCAAGCUAGCGAGCAACAGCAUCAACCGACCGUUAUGCUACCAAGCUAGCGAGCUAAAGACUAAAGGCUGCGUUGCUCUGACCAGAAUGUCUUCCUAAACAAAAUGGAUCCUAACUAAGCACACAGAUAGGGGACAGUGGAUGACUGACUGACUUGACGGUUUCUCUACGGCUGUACGGAGAACAUUGCACUGAUUGUGUAGCUGACUUGAAGAAAGAAAUGCGAUAAAGCUUUUUACAAUACAAGGCUAUCAGCGUAUCCUGGGUUAGUGUCUUGGUGUUGGCAGUGGUUCUAAAGCGACAGCGAGGUUGUUGUAUUCACUAGACACCAAACGGAGAGGAAAAACGGACUGAAAACAGGGAGGGACCUGACCUGAAUUUGUCCAACAAGAAAAGCCUGUUUUUAACUUUCUGUUGCCCCUACGGUGUGAAAUACGACCCAGAGGACAAAAAAAAAAUAUGUGUUUUUGUAUGUCAGCUGCUCCAACGUGUUUUCAAGAUACUAAAAUACACUUGACUUAGGCUUUGGCCGUUUAGUAUGAUCUGUCUAUCUGAGAUAAUGGUGUUCACUAAACUUAAUAUAGAACUUCUUUAAUUUUUUUUAAAAAUGAUAAAAAUGUAAAACAUGAAGCAUGUUUCUAAGUUCUAUUGUUCAUUACUGCUGAAAACAUUGCCCCCCUCUAUAUGAACUUGUUUUAGGUCCUAGAUAUACCUAUACCUGUAGGUAUUGGCAAUUAACCUCAACCUUGAGAUAGCUGGAGCUUGUGUGUAACCUUGGACGUAAACAAACAAACGCAGUAACUAUAGCAACCAGCACACUGUUCUUAUUUCCAAUGUAUUACUGUACAUAGAAUAUAACAUAUAUAUUUAGCUGAACAAAGAUCUAAUAUAAAAUCUGUGACUUGUCAAAAUAUACUAAUAUGGUAGCCCUAUUAUAAACACAACAAUUACAUGGGAUGUAAAUAGUAAUUUGAUAAUAUACCUAUGUAUAUACAUACAUUGAGUGUACAGAACAUUAAGAACACCUUCACUAAUAUUGAGUUGGGCACCCCCUUUUGCCUUCAGAGCAGCCUCAAUUCGUCAGGGCGUGGACUCUACAAGGUGUUGAAAGCGUUCCACAGGGGAUGCUGGCCCCAAUGCUUCCCACAGUUGGGUCAAGUUGGAUUGUGGUCCUUUGGGUGGUGGACCGUUCUUGAUAAACACAGGAAACUGUUGAGCGUGAGAACCAGCAGCGUUGCAGUUCUUGACACAAACCGUCGCGCCUGGCACCUACUACCACACCCCGUUCGAAGACACUUUGUAUGUGUGCCCUCCCCCCAUUCACCCUCUGAAUGGCACACAGACACAAUCCAUGUCUCAAGGUUUAAACAUCCUUCUUUAACCCAUCUCCUCCCCUUCAUCUAUAUGUCUCCUCCCCUUCAUCUACAUGUCUCCUCCCCUUCAUCUACAUGUCUCCUCCCCUUCAUCUACAUGUCUCCUCCCUUUCAUCUACACUGAUUGAAGUGGAUUUAACAUCAAUAAAGGGAUCAUAUCUUUCACCUAGAUUCACCUGGUCAGUCUAUGUCCUGGAAAGAGCAGGUGUUCUUAAUGUUUUGUACACUCGGUGUAUAUACACAUAAGUUGAACUGGUGUCUGCUGCUGUGGGGAACGUGUGGGGGUAACUUAAAACAUUUACUUGAGAUUGUGAGGAAAUAAUGUUGUGCUUCCUUCCUGUCUAUAGCCUGUUUUAACCAAUGAGUUUUAGUUCCACUGUAUUUGUCAUCCGGUGUCCAUUCCAACUCACUUGAGCUGAGCCACUCCCCAACGGUUCUACUUCUUACUAGACUCAAUGUUUUGUCAAACUGUGUAAAGAAGAACAAUAUUUUUUUAGAAGUCUACCUAUUUGUUUGAAUUGCUCUUAGAAAAUUAUUUAAUUAUAAGGUAAUAUGCAAGUGGUAACAUUUGAUGUUAGGAUUACAGUGUGAGACUUAAGUACAGUAGGGGUGGGUGUGUGUGUGUGUGUGUGUAUAUAUAAUACAUAUAAAAUAUAUUAUAUUCAGAAGAAUAGUUGUAUCUUUCAGCAAUAUUUCAUCUUUAAUAUGCAAGGGUUGAAUUUAUGAAAAUAAUAUGGAUGGGAUUUCUGUGUUGGGCUGAUAUUCAAUCAAACACACAGUACAGGAAAAAACUGCACUGUGGAAGAAGAAAAAAACCAUUACUACUGUGCAAAACUUGAAAAACACUAUUUUAAGUCAUGUGAUUCAUAGACCAUGUUUACUGGGUGAAGAAAGAAUCAACAAAAUAAAACUCACUUUGAUUUGAA